ACGAUGCUUGUGAGACGCCGCCAUACCGUGCGGGCGUUCCAUGGCCUGGCUCGGCAGUGCAUACGUACGAUUCACGACUCAUCGUCUUCCACCUCCUCCUCUCCGCAUGUCAUUGCGACCCAGCAACUCGGCCAUCGGGAAUAUGCGUUCCACUCGCCUACAACGACACCCGGUCGCCGUCCCACCCUGGAACUCGUGCCGUCGUCCAAGCCGUCCUUGGUCGAGUCUAUCCGCAACAUCCCGCUCCUUCUCGAAGACCUGUUUCUCCCCCGCGACCACGCCACGUCCACCACUCCCGACUACCUCCCGUACGUCAAGUACCAGUUUAUCGCGAGCGUGGCAGGCACGACAUGCGGCGUGCUGUCCAUGCAGUCGCUCCUCUUCGCCAUCGGCCUCCAGAGCGGCGCCAUCCCCAUGGCCGCGGCGCUCAACUGGGUCAUCAAGGACGGCCUCGGUCAGUUCGGCGGCGUCCUCUUUGCCAGCCUCGUGAACCAUCGCUUCGAUGCCGACCCCAAGCGAUGGCGGAUGGUCUCGGCAUUUGCAAUGGACGCAGCUACGUUAUUAGAAAUAUUAACUCCGCUGUGGCCGGCCUACUUUUUGCCCCUAGCCGCCGCUGCCAACAUGGCCAAAAAUAUUUCAUGGCUAAGUUCAAGUGCCACGCGCGCGGGGUUCCACUACUCAUUUGCGCAGAAGGAGAACUUGGCGGAUAUCACGGCCAAGGCCGGGUCUCAGUCUAUUGCGUCCUCUAUUGUGGGUACCGCCGUCGGCAUCGCCAUCUCCCCGUGGCUCGGGACGGAUACGUUUGAUGUGGCGGCGGCAUUUGGGCUCUUGUCGGCCGUCCAUCUAUGCUCGAUUUACAAAUCCCUGGCGGUUGUGGCUCUUCCCACGUUGAACCAGCAACGACUGCACGCUGUCGCAGAUGCAUAUUGGCAACAUAUUGACACCAACCAUGCAAUGUUCAAGACGUCCGGUACCCCCGAAACAAACGCGUUCAAGACGUCCGGUACCCCGCCGAUCUUACGGCCAGACCAAGUGAAGGAAUCGUUUGUGUUUCGAGUAUGGGGGGGAUACCCGAGUCGCUUUACGCAAUCAAAAGUGUCGUUAAGUGCCCGAUUGGACCAGCUUGGCGUAGUACCAGAUGAUAAGGCCAUGUAUAUACUCCAUGGGGAUGACAACAAGCCAAAUAUACCGCCCAGUAGUAGGACCAUUCACCUACUGCUCCAUGUGGAUGCUACCAAUGUCCAUGUACUCCAAGCGCAUUUGCAUCUUGUGCGGGUGCGUAUGCGCAUGGAACGGAUGGACGGCGACGCGGCCGCCGCGAUCGCGCAAAGCCGACUUGAUAUGCACCAAAAGAGGAACGAAUUGAGUGUUCAAGAUCAUUUUGUACAGCUUAUGCUUGCAAGCGACUGGCAUUGUGACCAUCUGCUCGUAGAAGAAACCGUGGCACGGUAUCGCUUGUAUCAUCACAAAUAGACGAUAUAUAUAUAAUAUAUAUAUAUGUACGGUGCGUUGGUUGCAAACGUAUACCACCAUAUGUCCCAA